CACAUCUCUUUCACGUUUAAGCUGGCUAUAAGGCUGCUCACAGUGUGGUCUACUUCCAAGGAACUGCAAUGGCAAGCCCCAAUUCAGUCACUACUACUGAAGUCUCCCCUAAACUUCAACUGCCUACAAAAUACUCUGUAGCUGCAGAAGCCAAGGCACGUCAUUCCCAGAAUUGGUUGUUCACUGAUGAUGCUUCUCCAUCUAUUUUUCAGAAGGUUAUUGCAGAGCUGCUAGGUACAUAUAUUCUUGUAUUUGUGGGCUGUGGGUCUGCUCUCACUGACAAAAUUCAACAACUUACAAUUGUGGGUAUAGCAAUUGUGUGGGGUUUUGUUCUGAUGGCAUUAAUUUAUGCACUUGGUCAUAUCUCUGGUGCACAUUUUAAUCCUGCAGUUAGCAUUGCCUUAGCUGCUUCUCGGAAAUUUUCAUGGAAAAAUGUGCCAAUUUAUAUCCUGGCUCAGGUACUGGGAGCAACACUCGCUAGUCUGACCCUUAAAGUGUUGUUCCAUGACCAACAUAAUAUUGAAGCAACAAUGACCCAGUACAAGGACUCAACCUCUGAUCUUGAAGCUAUCAUAUGGGAAUUUAUAAUCACAUUUAUUUUGAUGUUAAGUAUUUGUGCUGUUGCCACAGACCACAGAGCAAGCAAAGACCUUACUGGUGUAGCAAUUGGCGGUACGCUGCUGGUUAAUGCCUUGCUUGCUGGACCAAUCACUGGAGCUUCAAUGAACCCUGCGAGAAGCUUAGGCCCUGCAAUCGUCUCAGGUGUUUACAAGAAACUCUGGGUCUAUAUUGUGGCCCCUAUCAUUGGAGCUUUGGCUGCAACUCUAGUAUACAGCGUGCUCCGGGUGCCUAAGCCUGAAAAACCUGAGGAGAAUAACAAAAACAUAUUUAAUCAUCUUUAUGUGCCAGCUGAGCCUUAGACAGGUGUGCUUCCACAGCCACAGGUGGUGAAGUAAAACAGGAUAAUGGAAAAUCACUUUGCUCAUGCUUGAAAGCACAAAGAAUUAUUCCCAAGUGCAACUAUGCUCAAAUAGUUUACAAAGAUUGGAGAGAGAGAAUCUGCUGCCGACAUGCAUGGCAGAUAAAGAUGAAAAAUGAAAGGAAAGAAUAACAUGUUUUUGCAGUUUACCACUUCAUGUAUAAAAAUAUUAGUACUGUAUUAAAGAAGGGAAGUAUUUGUAUGAAUCAAACAUCUUUAUCUCUUUCUCCAUUUUA